AUAAAGGUUGACUGAUAAAUAAUGAUCAUUUAACACUCUUCUCCAGAAGAAUAUUUAUAGAUAAGAAAUUAAUAAAAAAAAGAUCAAGAGAGACUAAAGAAUGAUAUAAAUCAAAUCAAAUUAUAUAUGAAUGGUAUCACAGCUGAGAUUACGUCAUAACAAACAGAAGCAAUGAUGCUACAAACACUAAAUGGAUUGCUAGCUAUUACAAAUCAUUGCAGAAAAACGCCUAAAAGAGGAUUCUUCUAUUGGUUAACCAUAAUAUUUAACAGAGUGGACAAUGAAAGAAUUCAGUCACUUGGUCCUGAUCGUGCUUGUGCCGAAUGGCUCUUGAGGAAUGGUGCCAGUGUCAGAUGGAAAGGCUUUUCACAACACUUGGAAAAUUAUAAUAAUUUACCAUCAGAAGAAACUCGACAUUAUAUUCAAGCUGUAGAUGCUACAGAUUCUGGAAUAACUCACGUAGGAUUUCCACAUUUUGUUGGUUGCAGAUAUAUCGAUGAGAUAAAACUGGUACGUUGUUUCUACUUGUACAACACUGCUUUGCCAUUACUGUCUGCAGUAAAGGACACCUUAACUACUCUUGAAAUUAGUGAUUGUAAGAGUAUAACUGACGAAGGAGUGCGUAGCUUGAAAAAUCUAAAAAAUCUGAAGACUUUGAAGCUUGCUGGUAUGCCAUAUUUAAACGAUAAAGCUUCGCUCAGAAAGGAACUUGCAGAAGCUCUACCGGAUUGCAAAAUAGAACUCAAGUAAAUCGUAUGAAACAAACGGUGCAAUCUAAUGGUACAAAAGCAGUACACAUCUAUUAGAUAUUAUAUCAUUGUUAAUUUAACAUGCGCUUUUCAUAAAGUAUUAUUUAUGUAAUAUAUAUGCUUUAUAAAAAAUAUACUUUUAAAGGAUUAAACAAUUCUUAUUCGCAAUUC